AUGUGGAGGGUUAGUAACUAUCCUGGCAAUUGGCCAAAUCGUCGUCUACCAAUACUUGAAUGUUUAACUACGUUUACACCAGACAUACUUUGUGUACAAGAAUUACAUCCAUUAUUUCAUGAUGUUAUUGUUGAAGCCUUACCAUCUCAUGCGUAUGUUAAAGAUGAAUUUGCUGGUUGGCAAAAUGAAAGUAAUAUCUAUUGGAAUUCAAAUUUAUUCAAUAUAAUAGAAUAUGGUAUUAGUGAUAUUGGUAUGAUGGAACCGUUGAGACGUCUCUUUUGGGUACUUUUAAAAAUAAAAAUACCUGAACAAAUAAUCGAAGGAAAAAACCUAUCGGAUAAUAUCAAUACUCGACAGAUUCUUGUAGCAACUGCACAUUUUACAUGGGAAGGUCAUGCACAAGAACUUAUAACAAACGUUAAUUUACGAAAACAACAAGCACAACGUGCUGCAACAGUUUUAAAUGAUUUACAAGCAAAAUUUAAUGAUCCUCAUUUAGCUAUAUUAUUUAUGGGAGAUUUAAAUGAAAAUUUUCAUCCACGACGUAUUUUACGUGAAGCUGGUUUUAUUGAUUGUUUUAGUACAUUAAGAUUACCUUGUCUUCCUACUCAUCCACAACGUCCUAGUAUACCUCAUGAAGAUAACCUUGGUGAUUGCGCAUUAGAUUGGAUCAUGCAAAACAAUUAUGCACGUCCAAUUUUAGCAAAUGUACUUAGAAAUUUACUUUGUACAGAAGGAUGUUCAGUGUCGGAUCAUUGUCCAGUAAUGUGUAUCUAUGAAAUAGGAGCUGGACCAUAUAUAUCUAACAAAGUAUAA